UCUGUUGUUUUCGCUUGUCGAUGUUGAAUCGAAUAAAAACAUAAAAACAGACAUUUGUGAAGUUUUGUUUGUUGCAUUUCGGUCAAAUACUAUAAUUACCUUUAUAACUUAUAGAACAUUUGGGCACACAGAUAUUAUAAAAAAAAACUAUUGAUAAAGUAUUGAUAAACAAGGUUACUCAAAUGGCAGGCCUAGAAUCUACGGUCGCCGAAGAGGUUAAGCCAAUCGACAGAGAAAAGACUUGCCCCUUAUUACUUCGCGUGUUUUGUUCUACUGGAAGACACAAUUCGCCUGGCGAUUACGCUAGAGGACUUGUACCCCAAAAUGAACUCCAGAUUUAUACAUGGAUGGAUGCAACAUUAAGAGAACUUACGGGUUUAGUGAAAGAAGUAAAUCCUGAGACGAGACGGAAAGGCACAUAUUUCGAUUUUGCCAUAGUGUUCCCCGAUGCGAGAUCUCCAACAUAUCGUAUGAGAGAAAUUGGCGUGACUUGUUCUGGGCAACGUGGGGGUGAUGAUAAUAAAACUCUAGCUCAAGUUAAGUUCCAAAUUGGAAACUACUUAGAUAUAUCAAUAACUCCAUCAAACAGAAUGCCACCUCCUAUGAGACGACCGCAAAACUAUGUUAAUAAUAGAUCAUAUUAAAGUAUAGAUUACAUACUUCUUAUGCCUUAUUUGUAAUAAAUAAUAAGAAUUA